GUGUACAGAAAAUAAAAAGAAAUUGAUAGAAAUGUUAUCGAGAAUUAUCAGUGAUUCGAAAUAACUGAUAAGAAGAUACCAAGGCUGUCCUGAAUGAUAAGAGAAAAUCAUUGAUUACACUUUAAUGCACGUGGUAAAGAUUUGGUCUAGACAGUGCACUUUCCAUGGAAAGCUAGGAGGAUUCAUCAAGGAUCCAGGUGGAUUAUUUAAUCGAAAUAUUAUCAGGGAUCAAAAAGAUGAAUUUCCAACUGCAUUUGAAGUUGGGGUGUAUGGAGGACCAUCAGAAACAUUGGAAGUAUAUCUCCCAAAUUUAAAUGUUAAUUUUACAAUUGAUGAGUGCCACGUGAUUCCUCCCAACUUAAUGAGACCAAUUUCAAUACCAAAAAAUUUUUCUGAAGAUCAAAAUAAAAUUGAUAUUGAAGCAAUGAGAUAUUUGGCAAUUGAAAUUGACAAUAACACAUGUUCAUUCCAAAUUGAUCCAAUUGUUGAUGAAGAUUAUGGCAAGUGGAUAAUCAUCUAUACUUUUAAAAAAGUUUACAAUGAAUUUCAAAUGGUAAUUGGUUAUCAACCACCUCUUAUUGGUGUACUACAUAUUUACUGUUGAUUUACAUAAUUUUUAUUAAAUUUUUAUA